UUAACUUAGAGUUACAUUCAACUUAUUUGAAACGUAACGAACAUGUUCUCUAAAAUUCUUGCCAUUGCUACUUUGGUGGCUGUUGCCCAGUCUGGAUACGUUGACUAUUCCGGAGGUCAUGCAUCCUCCUACGCAUCUGUAGCCGCCCCCGUUGUUGCCGCUUACGCAGCCGCCCCUGCAUACUCCCACGGAUACCCAUCAGCCCACGAAAGCCAAGACUACUACUCCCACCCCAAAUACGAAUUCAACUAUGGAGUCCAAGACCCCCAUACUGGUGACCACAAAACUCAGCACGAAGUUCGCGAUGGCGAUGUUGUAAAGGGUUCCUACACUGUGGCUGAACCCGAUGGUACCUUGAGGACUGUCCACUAUACUGCUGAUGACCACAAUGGCUUCAACGCAGUGGUGGAGAAGUCUGGACAUCCAGUCCAUCCAGCUCCAGCUCCAGCCAAGGUUAUUGUUGCCGCCCCAGCUCAUUAUGCCGCCCCAGCUCAUUAUGCCGCCCCAUCUCAUUACGCCGCCCCAGCUCACUACGCCGCCCCAGCUCACUACGCUGCCCCAGCUUAUUACCACAAAAUGUUCACCAAAGUAUUUGCCGUUGUUGCCUUUGCAGCUGUAGCUCAAGCUGGCUACGUCGACUAUGGGCAUGCUUCAGCUUAUUCUUCAGUAUCAGCCCCUGUAGCCUCAUACGCCGCUCCAUCCAUCCCUCUUCCUUACUCUCAAGGGCCCGCUUAUGACAGCAAAGACUACUACGCUCCUCCCAAGUACGAAUUCAACUACGGAGUUCAAGACCCCCAUACUGGAGACCACAAGAGUCAGCACGAGAUCCGUGAUGGAGAUGUCGUUAAGGGCUCUUACAGCGUAGCUGAAGCUGAUGGAACUUUGAGGACUGUCCACUACACUGCUGAUGACCACAAUGGAUUUAAUGCAGUAGUUGAAAGGUCUGGACACCCUGUUCAGCCUGCUCAUGUUCCAGCACCCGCUAAGCUCGUAGUAGCUGCUCCUGUUCAGUAUAAAUAUGCUGCACCUGCUGCACCCCAAUAUUACCACCACUAAAUAGCUGUGAUUGGGUGGUUUCACAUUGAAAAUACAGAUUUUGCCAUAAUAUUCCUCAAAUUUUGUAAGGAAGGUUUGAAGCAUGGAUUCUCUUAUUGUAGGUGUAGUUAAUUUAUUGCAAAUAAAAGUUUAAUUGAUAA